AUGUCACCCCACACAUCACCACAACAAACGAUAAUGUGCUUCCACAAACGCAUCCUCUUCGCCUGCAGCCACUACGCCUGGCUCACGACGCCCGAAGCGACGAUUCCUUGCGAGGUCGAGAGGAGGUUUCUAAGGGGUGGGAUGCCCGAGUCUGAUAAUGAUAACGAGAAUGAGACUAUGAGUGAGACUGGAGGUGGUUUUGACAAGCAAAAUCUGCUGCCGGAGGAGGGGUGUAACCAAAUGUGGUCUCAUGGGUUUCACACCGUCAAGGUUGGGGAGGAUUGCAGAAGUUGUGCGUACAAACGAAGGAGGAAGGAGUCGAUGAUCGGGGAGGUGAAAGAGGUUAUCAAGAGCUUGAGGGUGAACUUGGAGAGGAUAACGACGGGUGCGGAGCUGGGGCAGGAAAUUGGUGAUGAGGAGAACAACAGUUUUGACGAGGAAGAUGAUUGGGGUUUGACUGUGAGAAGUAAAAAUUCUGACUCGACGAGGAAUUCAGCCGGGACGACGGGGUUUAAGUUGACGUCUUCGCCUGGGGGGUCGAGUGAGACUACGGGUACGGGUGAUACUUCACUGUCACUGGAUGGUGAGAGGGAUCAUGGGUUGGUGAAAGAGCCUCUGCUGGGAAGGGAUGACGGUGAUGAUGAUGAUGAUGGUGAGAGGAAGCACGAAAGGAUGGAAGAGGCAAUCAUGAAGAGAAGGGACCAGAUGAGAAAGAGUGAGCUAUUUGUUGACGGGAUGGAGAUUGCGUCGACAAUACCAGGAAAUCUGAGGAGAGAGUGGAGAGAGAAGUGGCGCGAGACGGGUAAUUGUGGGUAUGAGCAUGAUUACAAUAGGAAGUUGAUGACAGGGAGGAGGGAGCCGCUUUUGCCCAUGUUGGUUUCUAUUCGACGACGGCGGCAGAUAUUGUUGGGAACUGGGUUUGACAGCUCGGUAAGAAGAGAAUAAGGCUUUGGGAGGUGGCGCAACAUUGAUCAUGGUGUGCGCGAAACGGUUUUGCAUUGCUGGCGUUCGGUGGAGCGGGUUUUCGUGCUCGAGAAACCUGGAUUCCUAUAUUUCCUAUGGUAACUUUUUGGAUUUACGGCGUACAAGGGAAAAUUUGGCUCGAGCCCAUGGACAGGGGUAGGUUGGCAAUAUAUCGACAUUUCAAUGUC